UCUGACGGCUGCUGGUAGCUUGCAUACAGAAACGCUGCAUGUACUAAAUACUAAUCCAACCGCGCCCUUGGGCAAUCCCAACCCAUACAUACAUUUAUUCCACUUGGCAUUGUUUAUUGGCCUCUUUCUUUCUUCUGUUUGCAGUAGCGUAGAAGGCCACUUUCCGGUUGCCUUUAUCUGCUUCGGUAUAUGGCUUUGAAGUUACUCAGGAGAAAGAACUUUUCCGCGUUCCCAAUUUGUUGACUGUCUAUGGCUGCAAAAGUUAUCCAGUUUCUGAUUAGAAUCGUUUCCUCCCUCGACAGAGCGAGAAACCAAGAACUUCUUUGUUCAGUUAUUAGCCACUUGGCCGUGAGGCCAUGAAUAUGCGGCUAGUAUUUUUUUUUAGUGUAGAAUUGUGUAAGUUGGUUGCAAAAGUCUACUUAGGCAUCGCAUGUUGAUCUUAAGCAGGCAAUACAGAUCAAAAGCGAUCCUUGUUCUGGAAAUAAGGGAAUUGUGUCAUCGUGGGUAGUGGGUACAGCCAUGGCUGGACCUGCUGUUCUCAAUGAGCGUAUCCUUUCUUCCAUGUCCCAGAAACAUGUUGCUGCUCACCCAUGGCAUGAUUUGGAGAUAGGACCAGGGGCUCCUGAAUUCUUCAAUUGUGUGGUUGAGAUUCCUAGAGGCAGCAAGGUUAAGUACGAGUUGGACAAGGCAUCUGGUCUGAUCAAGGUGGACCGUGUUCUUUAUUCCUCUGUUGUUUACCCACAUAACUAUGGCUUCAUUCCACGCACACUCUGUGAGGAUAACGACCCCCUGGAUGUCCUCAUACUGAUGCAGGAACAAGUUGUCCCUGGGUGUUUCCUGCGAGCUCGUGCUAUUGGGCUCAUGCCUAUGAUCGAUCAGGGCGAGAAAGAUGAUAAGAUUAUAGCAGUCUGUGCUGAUGACCCUGAAUUCCGUCACUACACGGACAUCACGGACCUCCCACCGCAUCGCCUUCAAGAGAUCCGCCGCUUUUUUGAAGAUUAUAAAAAGAAUGAAAACAAAGAGGUCGCAGUGAAUGAGUUCCUGCCAGCGAAAGAUGCCAUCAACGCAAUCAAGUACUCGAUGGACCUGUAUGGCUCAUACGUCAUCGAAAGCCUGAGGAAGUGAUCUCCAGCUGCUUGAUUGUGGUUGUGGAUGCUACACCAUUUUCUCAACAGCUCAUCCAGAGUACCGUAGUACAGACUUAACACGAACGAACUGUAAUCGUGACCAAGGGAUGCUAUUACCUUCUGCUCAUGUUGAAACAAUCAGCAGUGCCUUUCUUUCCAUUAUAUGCCAUGUCGAAUCAAGGCAACUUGGCCCUGAAAUCUUUGUGGUCAAGUUAAACCAGCACUUUGACAGAACAAGGAUUGCUGGAUGCCUGGAUUACUGUUACAUAAAUGACCAUUACUGAACUUCAUUUCUUGCUCU